CCAGGUCCUUCCCAUAAACCAAGAGAUCCUACUCAUCAAAUUCAUGAACACCCUCCACCAUGCAACUUAGUCUAUAUACCAUUCUCGGGCUGGCCCUCCCCCUCGCCGUGACUGCCAGCCCUCUGACCAAAAGAAAGGAGGUGCCGUGCACGAUAGUCAGCAACGACGGCUGGGUCAAGUGUCGCCGAUCACCUCGGCUGGAUGCGUACUAUGACACGAGAUACGCCGACGGAUACAAUGAUGACUUCAAAUGCUACAAGGUUGGAGACUGCUACAAGGGGAACUGCACAUGGGAUUUUAAUGGCUCUUGCUAUGUCAACGGCUAUUAUACCAGUUCCAACUGUAAUACGAAAAAUUUGCCCAAGUGCUAGAAUCAAUUGGGUAUGACUCCAAGACAGAAUGGGUUAAGGAGUUUGGGUCGGCGUUUGUAGGGAGUUCAAGUUUCUCUCAAGGCUUGAAGUACCCGGGGUUGCUUGUUCUUGCCAUGCAGAUGGCACCAACCUAAGCAGUGAUCGUCGGUUGAAUACGAGGUGAAUUUUGUAGAGAUGAAAGGGUGGGGCGAAUGAACAGCUAGAUGAUUUAAAAUAACCCACAUACCAGCGGUUAUGUAGUGCUCCUUUUUGAAUGGUUCACUAUUCGAAGUGUAGAUUAUAUGCUGCGCUUUUUGUGAGUACAAGACCGAAAAGUUUGAAUGGGCCAGCGAUUGUGGAGAUACAUGUACAUAAAUUCAAUCAGCGACAAAAC